AUGUUUAAGAAAGAAUUAAAAGUAUUUAAAACCUCUAGACUCCAGGUGUCAAUAGUAUUCCAUUUUGCGGCCAGCCUGCGUCUAGAAGCGCCUCUGAAGGAGGGUUUAGAGAUGAACACAAAUGGCACCCUGCGAGUCCUGGAGAUGGCCAAGAAGAUGAAAAGCCUCGUCGCUUUCAUACACUUAUCUACUGCCUUCUGUUAUCCAGAUUAUGAGAGAAUGGCCGAAAAGGUGUUCGAUCCCCCAGCGGAUCCGCACGAGGUGCUUCGCGCAGCUGGCUGGCUGACGGAGGAACAGCUGAACCUUCUAGCACCUUCCAUUUACCAAAAGCAUCCGAACUCCUAUACGUACUCCAAGAGAUUGGCUGAAGCUCUGGUCCGAGAGAGCUACCCGAGUUUGCCUACUGUUGUUGUUCGACCUAGCAUAGUAACUCCAUCGUACAAGGAGCCUAUUCCAGGCUGGGUGGACAACCUGAAUGGUCCAAUUGGCCUCAUGGUGGGCGCUGGUAAAGGCGUCAUCAGGUCCAUGCAUUGCUAUGGACACUACCAUGCGGAGGUCAUUCCUGUUGACAUAGCCAUCAACAGCAUCAUUGUCAUCGCCUACAAAACUGGCAAGGAUACUCAGAGGCACCCAGAAAUUCCAGUAUACAACCUAACGACUGGAGACGACCGCAACACGACGUGGAAGCAAGUCCUGGACAUUGGCAAGGCUACUGUUCGCAAGUUCCCAUUCGAAGGUCCUCUAUGGUACCCCGACGGGAACAUUAGACACAACAAAUUUAUACAUGACAUGUGUGUCUUCUUCUAUCACAUUAUACCUGCCUACUUCAUUGACUUCCUCAUGUUUUUGUUCAGACAGAAGCGAUUCAUGGUUCGAAUUCAGAAUAGGAUCUCUAUCGGUUUGGAAGUUCUCCAAUAUUUCACGACUCGGGAAUGGUGGUUCGAUACAAACAACUUCAAGUCUUUGGUUAAUAUACUGAACCCUGUUGACAAGGAGACGUUCCCAAUGGAUACGACCAUUAUAGAGGAUGAACCCUACAUAGAGAGCUGCAUGAUUGGAGGCAAGCUGUACUGCUUGAAAGAAAAACUGGAGAACUUGCCAAAAGCCAGAUUGCAGAACCAAAUAUUGUACAUCCUGGACCGCUUGGUAUCCUUAUUCUUCUACCUCGUGCUGCUGUACUGGAUCGUAUCUUACUUCGAACCAGCUCGGGAACUGCUCUCGUACGGCGGCCCGGCCGUUCGAUACCUACCAUUAGUCGGCAAAGCAGUAUUCAAAGAUGUGUAAUGAAAUGUAUUCAAAGAUGUGCAAUAAAUAAACCCAAAAAAAUCUAAAAUAAUGAAAAUUCCAUUUCGUUUGAAACUUAUUGUUUUUUAGAAAUAUGAGUCCAAUUGACGUUAAUUAGUUAGAUACUCUGAUAAUUUCAUAAUAAUUUUUGUAUGAGUUACACAAUCCGUAUAAAAUCAUCGUUUUGUAUAAUUAUGUUUUAGAAAAAACAUUGAAUUUGACCAGGUGUCAUCUCUAUUUAAAAACGCUGUAACUAGGUAACUUUUAAUAUACUUACGAAGGUUCCACUGGUCUAGACCAGAAACAAAUUAUAUUGGAUAAGACAAAUAAUUCAUUCAAAAGUAUACCCUUUUUAAAAAUAAAAAGCAAAAAUUUUUUAAUGAAUAAAUUUUUUAUUGGGAGUUGGUGAUCAAGAUAUUUUUAUCAAAUUCGAAAAUAGUAUUGUAACAUUUGAUAAAUGCAAGAGGUAGGAGUAGAAUAG